AUGGAACCAGAUGCUUUUAAGUUGGGUCUUCUGGAAAGAGAAAUUGAGGAUGUGCUUCAGCAAUUGCAUCAAGAACGGACACAAAAUCCAGAGAAAACUUCUCACAAACACUAUCUGAAAAAUGACAGAUGCACUGAUGAGAAAGAAAUUGAUGAAGAGGAUGUUUGUCCCAUUUGUCAGGAGGAGUUAAGAUUACAGAAACUGGAAUUUGUUUUCUGUAGAUAGAGCUGUGGUAACAACGUUCACAAAAAAUGUAUAAAAAUUUGGGCUGACCACCAAGAUGAACUGGAGAAUGACUCUGUAGUGAAGUGUCCACUUCACAGAGAAAACUUUGCACCUCUAAGGCUCAUUCUAGAAGAGUUUAAAAACUCUAAACUACUUGUGACUGCAACAGAGAAAACAAGACUGGACAGGCACCUUGGAAUCCCUUGUAAUAACUGCAGAGUAUUUUCAAUUGUAGGAAAUUGCUACAAUUGUACCCCAAAGAACAUUGUAAAAUCUUUACCCAUCAUUUUAAUUAGUAAACAUAGUAAUUUACUUGCCCCAGGUAUUCAGUAGACUUUGAAGAGCUUUCAACUUGGUCAGCAUGUAAGAAUCCUACCGUGUAAUCACAAGUUUCACAGGGAAUGUAUUGACAGUUGGUUACUGCAGCAAAGAAAAUGUCCUAUUAAUGAACACGUUGUAUACAGUGCAAUGACAUGGAAGGAUAUGCCAGCCAAACAUGGAAACUACUCAACAGGUUCUCAUGCAAAUCUUGGCAAACUUGCAAAGCAGGUGGAACCAGAAAUUUGUGUAUCUGGAAAUGGAUUACUUCUCAAGCAAACAUCAUCUGAACGUUCUCAAAGUAUCUUCAGAAAACUUUCUAACAAAUAUGUGCCAAAGUCCCAAAAGGAUUUAAGAUUUUUUAGCAACCUCCAUUUAGAAGAAUCUGAUCAGAACAGCAGUAGAAACCUAAGUGAUUUUUCCAGGCAUAGUAAAGAAUACUCUCUAAGCUGUUUUGAAACAGCAUCUUCUGGGAAGUUCAGUAUCAUUAGAAAGGAUGACAUUCAUAACACUUUGAGAAGCCAGCAUCAGUUUGACUGUGACAAUACAAAGUAG